GAGACAACGUGACCUCAACAACGUUUACAGUGCAUGGAAGGCGAAAUAAGCAAUUCAUCGGCAAUUAAUUGGCUGUCAUGGACAAGUCACACGGCUCAACGGAAUUUUGUACUAUAAAGACAGUGUGAAAAAGGCAAAAUCCUCCCAUUCCUGUUGCUGCUGCUAGUUGUACGGCUGUUACCGUUUUUUUUGCCAUGUUAGGACGACUCUUCUGUACAACAUGUGUGAACGAACUAUGGAAAAACACAAGAUUUGUGUUAUCCCGUGUCAUCAAGUGGGAAGGUACCACGGUUUCGCCACUCCUUGGUUCUUGCCAUCCUCAAUAUGUUCUAAGUCGUCCCUUCCAUACUGGGAGUCCAAGGAGACAGGAGAAAAUGGACUUGGACAAAUGGAAAUUAGUAAUGAAGUCCCAAGCGUCACCAGUUGAGAAAGAAGAUGCUGAGGAUAAGGAUGCAAGUGAUGAUGAGGAAAUGCCUGGAGAAGGUCUGAACAACAGUCUGGAGACGAUGCGGGAGAUGGUUGCAUUGUGGCGUUUAUCUCGUAGACUGGUACCUCAAGAGAUGACUGAUGAAGAGUUAAAGACUGUGGCAGACCUCACCACAAAGUCUGCUAGAAAAAAGUACCUGAAGUACCUGGCCAUCAAGGAAGGUCAUAAAAGAUCACGGAAGGAGAAGCAGCAGAAGAAGGCGGCGGCAAGGGAAGCCUCACUGGAGCAGAGAAAAGAACCAGAUGAGAACCAGAAAGAAUUUAAAAACACAUUCCUUCUUCAGUUCUGGGGACGGAGCCUGGACCGUCAUUUGGGCUGGAGGAGCGCCCAGGGCAUGCUGUUUGAUCAGCCUCUCGUCUUUGACAUGAGCUACGAGUCCAACAUGUCCAAGCGGGAGAUUGAAAACACAAUCUCCCAGCUGAUGGAACUGGAAGGGUGGAACAGACGUGCCAAUGAGCCUUACCAUCUACACUUUUGUAACCUCCAGCCAGAUGGACCUUACAUGAAGGAGCUCCUCAAGCGCUAUGGUGCAGACGCCUGGGAGCGCCUGCUCAUCACCAACACAGAGCGCCAGGCGGUAGACCUGUUUCCUCGUGAUCGCCUUGUUUACCUCACUGCAGACUCCCCCAAUGUUCUCCGCACCUACGACCACUCUAAAGUCUACAUCAUUGGUGCUCUAGUGGACAGGUCCAUCCUCUCUGGUGUGUCACUGGCCAAUGCCAAGCGUCAAAAGUUGGCCACAGCCCGACUACCACUGGAUGAGUUCCUUCACUGGGGGCUUGGAGCCAAAAACCUGACCCUGGACCAGAUGAUUCGCAUCAUGAUAACCAUCAAGGAAACAGGGAAAUGGGAGGAGGCCCUGAAAUUUGUACCGAAGAGGAAGCAUGCCACUGAUCUUGUAUCAGGAGAUUAUGAAAACAGGUCUUCAAAAUCCAAAGAGCAAAAAUGUAAAAAGACUUCUAGUGGCGAGGACCAAAGUGCGUAUAAAUCCCAGAGAGUGUCUGGGUUUACUUGGACAGACAAAGCGUCUAGACCACAAGCUGCACCCAAGGUACGGACAUCUCUCAAGACCAGCAUGGAGAAGAGACGUGAAAGCAAAAGCAAGAUGUGGUGGAAUGAUGAUGAUGUCUAAGGACACUGUGUUGCGUUGCAGAAAUGUCAAACUGAAGUAGAUCAAUUAUUUGCAAUCAUUUUCCUUAUCAAAAUACUUUUCACAAAAUACUUGACUCAUUUUUAACAGUAGAAACUACUUUGAUCUUUAUUUUCAGAGAAUGCUUUCUUUGUAAAUAAAAACAAUUACACGUCUUUGUGCUGUGUUUUGAAAAACAUCCUUAACACAAAAUAUUCUCUCCAAAACUUUAAAAUAAGAUAAAUACAAGUUAAAGUUUACUUG